AUCAUAAAUAGCUGCAGAGCUGAUAGCGGACAGACACAAUCAAGGUCAGAACUCUGUUAGCAGUAAUUCCUUUGGGAUGUUUUGAUGUAUAUUACAUCGUCUACUGUCGCUUACGUUGGUAUGACUUCAAACAUUAAACAUUCAAACAUGUAAAUAUUCUUCUUGAAGUCAGCGGAUAAUACAGAGUACACUAAGAAACUACAUUUUAAAUGUCAACGUUGAGACUAGAAAGAUUUUGCUUCACUGGUCCCUUCUUCAUACAAUUUGGAUUUUAUUUUGGAAGAGCAGACAUUUAGUUGGAAAAACAUACAGACACACCACUUUAAAUAUUUUUUUGACCAAGGAGUAAGUAGUCAAUAUCUAAAAGGACUGAUAUCAAGAUUCCAUUUUCGAUGUCGGAAGGUGCAUCGCUAUGUAGGAGUGUAAUUGCCUGAUGAAAAUUAUGGAACGCUUGACCCCACUUUCGUGUCUCUUGUUCGUCGCCCUGGUCGGAGGCUCGUUGACCACGGAUUGCUCGAGAUCGCCAACGGAACAAUGCUCACAAAAUUUCACAACCAUUGGAUGUCGCCAUAAAGAUUGCUUUAACCCAGUCAUCACCAUAUCUCGACCCAACAUGACCACCCCUCUCUGCGGGAACACAUGCGCGAGUCGUGGUUUCUACUAUUCCGGGCUCGUCAACGGGACCGAAUGCUGGUGUGCCAACUCCCCGCCUUGUCAAGAGGAGAUGUACCGAAUGGAAGAUAACAUUUGCGGUAUGCCCUGUCCUGGAGAUGUCAACGAAUUCUGUGGAGGACAAAAUGCUGUGCAGAUUUACUCGCAUCCAGGUAAACACCCUGUGGUAGGGGAUUGGUGGUUUGAUGGCCCACGCACCAUUACGGAGUGCGAUGCAACCAAUGUCCUCAACAUCGAAGUAGCCAUAUCGGUCACCGGUCACACCCUACAAGGCAGUUGGCAGUUGGACACCUGGAGCACCAAAGACCCAUAUGCAGAUAAACCUCGGAGAUACAACGAGGCUGCCCUAUCCCUUUCCUUGGAGAACGCCUCGACUGGCUCACCACCUAAUACCAUUCAUAAGGAGAUCAGUAUGAUCAUGUGGGACACCAGCAGAGUACCGUCCUGCGCGGAUCUCAGGUUCCUCUGCGUUUGGCUUCGUCGCAUUGAUUUAUCCGUUGACGGUGUUGGCUUUCAGCGCUCAUGUCAUGAAAUCAUCUGUGAGAGUAACCCUCUUCGCUGGGUGAAGUGCUCGAACAAUCAAUGUUCAUGUGAAGAUCGUAUAGUGAACACAUCAGCAAGUGAUGAACGAAAACUUGAUGUCAUUGAAAAGGUCAACAUCACUGAGGAAUCCGUGGGUGAAGUCCUGGACGUGGUCGGGUUGCUGUCCUUUGAUGACUUCAACCCUGAUGAGGUGAUAUCCACAGCCAACAUCGUCCAAGCUGUCAUUUCUUUGAACUCCUCGGAUACAGAGAUAACAAAUGACGUCAUAAGCAUCAUCGACAACCUCAUGAACUCUGAUCCUGAAGCACUCGCUGUGGCCCAGGGAAGGAACCAAUCAAACAGUAGGAUGAUACAGGCUUUGGAACAUCAGCUUCAGUUGGUUGACCUGACCAAGAACAAUGGUUCUUUUACCUCCGUUCAACCAAAUCUAGCCGUUCAAAUCGAAGCGACCACAUCGGAACAGCUUAGAAAAGGCAUCAAAUUCAUCUCACGAAAAUCGACCGUUGAUGACAUACUAACCAACAACGAUAUCGGUCUCCGCUACCACGACGACUCAAUUGACGUCACGGACAUCAGGGCCUCGGCAAGCGUCACAGCGGAAUUCGAAGACGAUCUAGACAAUGAGUCAGAGGAUCCAGACUUCAGGGUCGCAUUCGCUGUUGCCCGCGACCCAUCGUUGUUUAUUUCCGAUGUCGAUGAGCAUGUAGUUGGGACGUAUCGCAAUCGAAAUGGACGACGACGUCCCAACACGCCAGUGAUCUUGGUGACCGUAUACGGGCCAGGAAGAAAGAAGAUAAAAACCGCGAUUACCACAGUAUUUCGUCCUAUUGAGAAAGGCAACAGCUCUGUGAUCAUCGACGAUCCCGUCUGUGUCUUUUGGGAUUAUGAAGCCAGCAAUGGUACCGGAGGCUGGUCUGGCUAUGGCUGUUUCCUCCAGAACGACUCGGACACCGAGAACUUCACGGCGAUUGUCUGCUCAUGUAAUCACACAACCAACUUUGCUGUUAUCAUGAAUUUUCACAGCCCUAACCCAUCUGUCAUCUUCCAAAAGACUUCGAAGUACUUGAGUUGCAUCGGUUGUGGAGUAUCUAUUGGCAGUCUAAUCAUAACAUUGGCGGUUUAUGUACUUUCGCCAAAACUUCGUCAGAAGCAACCCAAUCAGAUCUUUAUGAGCAUAUGUCUGUCUCUGCUCUUCCUCUACGUCACCUACAUCAUGGUAGUCAUACUCAACCAACAACGGCUCGUCGUUGUCGAAUCCGAAGUCGACCUCGGCGAUGAGAAGGAUGUUGAGAUAUGGUGCUUUUGCCUCGCUGCCCUGAUUCAGUACUUCACACUGACAUCUCUUGUAUGGAUGGGCGUUGAAGGUGUUAACAUGUACCAACUCUUUAUAAAGGUCUUGAAUGCAAGGAUCCCAGGCUUUAUGGCAAAGGCUUCUCUCGUUGCAUGGGGAUUACCAGCCACUAUCGUCGUUGUCACUGGGGGGAUUGCUCGCAGGAAUUACGUCGACCCAGAUCUGUAA